AUGGCCCCUGUGCAGUGCAAGAUUGCAGGAGGAAUGGCUACACCUGCCUUUGAAAUGCCAGAAUCUUCAAGUAUGAAGGAGUUGAAGAUAAUGAUAAAAGCAAUUACUGGUAUUUGUGUGGAUAGGCAAACUCUGAGGUUUAACCGUGGUGGUGUAGAGUUAGAAAAUGUUCGCUCAGUUGGAUCUUAUGGCUUCAGAGAAGAAGCAUUGAUUCAUCUUGAUGUUACCCCCUUGCCUGGAGAUCCUGAGUUUGAUAUUUUUCUUAGGCUCUCAGAUCGUGCUCUGACUACGAUGAAGGUGAAAGAGACAUAUACAGUGGGAUAUUUGCGUCAAAAGAUUAAACAUCUUUUGAACAUUCCAAUAGAUAAAAUUGCUUUGAUUCGUCUUGACGACUCCCCAAUGAAGGAAUAUUAUUUGAACAAAGAAUUACGCUUAUCUGAUUACUAUAUCUGUAAUAAUAAUGAUGAUGAUGAUCUCCCAUCGACUUCUUUACUUGGUUUUGAAGUCAUGGUGGUUUGGCAAAGACAUUUACAAUCCUUAAUUCGUCAAGUUCGGAGAAGGGCUGAGCACAAUUACAUUGCUUCUUCUGCUAAUUUUUCUGCUAUCACCACCACUACAGCUACUCGCUCGGAUUCUUCUGUUCUAACUGGCGAGUUACCUUGUUUACAGAGGUUGUGGAAAUUGCCUUCUGCUAAUGUUUCGACGAGGCCCUUUUAUCGGCUCUUGCAACAGUCGGGCAUUUCCAGUUCAAGGAAAUUACUGGCAGAUUCCUCAGAGGAACAACCCGUUUCAUCUCUGUUGACUCCUGUGCUAGCAAUAGGUAGUGGAAAAACUGAAGAACAAAACGCAGUCUCUAAACCUGAAAAAGUUCAAGCAGUAUUAAAGGGCAUAAAAAUGAGUCCUAAGAAGCUCAACUUGGUUGCUGCAUUAGUUCGUGGCAUGCGUGUUGAAGAUGCACUAUUGCAAUUGCAAGUGACAGUAAAGCGAGCCGCAAAAACUGUCUACCAGGUUAUUCAUUCAGCUCGAGCAAAUGCAACUCAUAAUCAUGGGUUGGAUCCAGAUCGUCUCCUUGUUGCUGAGUCAUUUGUUGGAAAGGGAUUUUUUAAAAAAAGAGUUGCCUAUCAUGCAAAAGGAAGAAGUGGAGUUAGAGAGAAGCCGGAGUGUCGACUGACAGUAGUAGUAAGGGAGACAACCCCUGAGGAGGAGGCUAAGAUUGCCAAGCUAAGAGUCCACAAUUUCCGCAAGCUCACUAAGAAGGAAAGGCAGCUUGUACCACAUAAGCUUAUUGAGACCACGUCAAUAUGGAACCGCAAAGGGAAAGCAGCUGAUCGUCAACCAAGUGGCAUGGCUGCUUGA